CAACAUUUCAAGGUGCUCAAGCAUGUGACGCCAAUCAUCACUUACUCUUCCUUUCAAUUUCACCAAAGCCGGUUCUUCUUCUGCUUCUUCCCUCUUGAACUCAUCCUCCAAUUUCAUCAUCAGAGGGAGGGCGCCAUUCCUUCACAUCCACCUACCGCAAGCCGGAUGCUCUGGGAGAUCACAGAUCACGGAAGACCGCUUGUGCCACGUAUACGGAGACUCUGAAACAACACACGAUCAACUACAGCUACCUCUAUGCUCUCAUAACAAGCAAACAUCAACCAUUUCCUGGAAUCUAUACGCUCACGCUGAAAUCCGCCCGCCAUGGCUCUCAUAUCUUCCACCACAAUCAUCACCUCCAUCUCCCUCCUCCACCUCACCCUAGCCUACUUCUUCCUCAUGCAUCCCAAAACAGUUGAGGACCAGGCAUUGGUCUUUGUUCUCGGCGAAAGCAUGAACAUGCCCGCCGUACGUGGCUUCGACGUUCCAAGCCCGGCUUUGGCCCUCGUAGCCGUCGUCCUUGGCUUCUCCGGAAUCAGUGAUCUUGUUUCGCUAUCAAUGCCCGAAGAUUUUAGCGCUCUGUACUACUGGGGCACUCAGGCUCCUCUCCGCUUCUUCCUCUCCAUGCUCCUCGUCUUCUACUCCUACACCUUCAGCCCUACCUCGCCGCUAUUCGCGUCCUCUUCCUCCUCUUCGACAAGACGCCCAGGUGUCUCUCACAAAGGCUCUGGAUCAGGCACCGACCACUUGCACAACAGACUGCUCUUCACAUUCAUGUUUAUCGAAAUGAUGGCUUGGUUUUGGACUUGGAUUACUCUGCGGGAAGAGAGAUCGGCCAUUGUCGAGAAGAUGAGGAAGCAGCAUGAGAGAGAAGCACACAGCCAUUAAAUGGUUAAACCGAAAUGUCAAAUCUUUCCUCGAAUUAGUAACUCGCAUAGUAAAAGAAGCAUCAAUGUCACAGCAACGCGUCUUCAAAGAAGCCAUUAUAUAUAU